GUAAAUGGCUGCAGGACCUGAGGUGCUAAACCCCACGGUCUCCAGAAACCAGAAGAAAUUUCCAGGGAAACGUGUUGGGGUUGCUCCUCUCCCUCGAGGCCAUGGCAUCUCUGAGCCAGCUGGGUGGCCACAUCAACUCUACCUGUGCGGCAGAGAACGCCACAGGGGCCAGCCGGGCCCGCCCACACGCCUACUAUGCCCUCUCCUACUGCGCGCUCAUCCUGGCCAUCGUCUUCGGCAAUGGUCUGGUGUGUGUGGCCGUGCUGAGGGAACGGACCCUGCAGACCACCACCAACUACCUGGUGGUGAGCCUGGCCGUGGCAGACCUGCUGGUGGCCACCUUGGUGAUGCCCUGGGUGGUGUACCUGGAGGUGACAGGCGGAGUCUGGACUUUCAGCCGAGUUUGCUGCGAUGUUUUUGUCACUCUGGAUGUCAUGAUGUGUACAGCCAGCAUCCUGAACCUCUGUGCCAUCAGCAUCGACAGGUACACUGCAGUGGUCAUGCCAGUGCACUACCAACAUGGCACAGGCCAGGGCUCCUGUCGGCGCGUGGCCCUCAUGAUCACAGCCGUCUGGGUACUGGCUUUUGCCGUGUCCUGCCCUCUCCUCUUUGGCUUCAACACUACAGGGGACCCCAGCGUCUGCUCCAUCUCCAACCCUGACUUUGUCCUCUACUCGUCAGUGGUGUCCUUCUACUUGCCCUUUGGAGUGACUGUCCUCGUCUAUGCCAGGAUCUAUGUGGUGUUGAGACAGAGGAGACGGAAACGGAUCCUCACUCGACAGAACAGUCAGUGCCUCAGUGUCAGGCCUGGCUUCCCCCAGCAGUCCUCCUGUCUGCGGCUGCACCCCAUUCGGCAGUUUUCAAUAAGGGCCAGAUUUCCAUCAGAUGCCACAGGGAAAAUGGAACAGUCAGAAGACAAACAAUAUCCCCAGAAAUGUCAGGACUCUCUCUUGUUACAUCUGCAGCCCCUCUCCCCUGGCCGGACACACAUGGAGCUGAAACGUUACUACAGCAUCUGCCAAGAUACUGCCUUGGGAAGACCAGGCUUCCAAGAAGGGGAAGGAGAGUUGAAAAGGGAGGGGAGGACUCGGAACUCCCUCAGCCCCACCAUGGCACCCAAGCUCAGCUUAGAGGUUCGAAAACUCAGUAACGGCAGGUUGUCGACAUCCCUGAAGCUGGGGCCCUUGCAACCUCGGGGAAUGCCACUUCGGGAGAAGAAGGCCACCCAGAUGCUGGUCAUCGUACUCGGGACCUUCAUUGUCUGCUGGCUGCCUUUCUUCUUGACCCACGUUCUCAAUACCCAUUGCCAAGCAUGCCACGUGUCCCCGGAGCUUUACAGUGCCACAACGUGGCUGGGCUACGUGAACAGCGCCCUCAACCCCGUGAUCUAUACCACCUUCAAUGUCGAGUUCCGCAAAGCCUUCCUCAAGAUCCUGUCUUGCUGAAGGAGGAGAGGACAGAACACUCCCUGUGCCCACCUCUCGCUG